ACUUCUUGUUUUCUUAAGGUGAAGCCUCAGCUAGAAGAAAAAGAAGGGAAAACCUUUGAUGUCUUCACUGCAGUAGAGUAUAAAUCCCAGGUGGUUGCUGGAACAAAUUUCUUCAUCAAGGUCCAUGUUGGCAAUGAUGAGUUUGUGCAUCUGCGGGUGUUCAGAAGCCUCCCUCACGAGAAUAGGCCACUGAGCCUUCACGGUUACCAGAAGAGCAAGACUAAGCAUGAUGAACUAACGUAUUUCUAGCAAGCUUAGCUUGUGCAUUUUUCUAAUGGCCAUUUACGUGCAUUUUCUAUAGGCUUCAAAAUGUUGACUGUU